AUGUCCAUACCCUUACAUUCACUACAAUUCAACAACAUGAUACGGGAAGAAAAUGCUGACACCUCAAACAGCGAAAUGAUCUUGUCUAGAUCAAUGACCAGACCAGAGGUCCAAAUGAUAGAUUCUCCUGUGCAGUUGCCUAUAGUCUCAACUUCAGCCACAGACCCUGAAGAGAUGUCUAUACAGCCAAUGACGUCCCCAGCCUUUGACACUAUGUCUGAAAUUUUAACGGGAGCACCAAACUCUGGAGCAUUGUCCCCAACACUAAUGCCAGCCUCAGAUUCUGGGACACUGUCCCCAUUGUUAAUGCCAGCCUCAGAUUCUGGAACAUUAUCCCCAUUGCUCAUGCCAGCUUCAGAUUCUGGAUCACUGUCCCCAUUGCUGUCCGCUUCAGACUAUGGGUUAAUAUCCCCAGGAGUGAUAACAAUUCCUGAUUUUGGAAUGAUGUCCACAGCACAAAUGGCAGCAACAGAUUCUGCAGAGAUAUCACCAUUGGCAAUGCCAGAUUUGUCUUCUGGAGUGCUGUCUAAACCUAUAAUGAACAGUUCAUCCUCAGAGACAAUGUCCACACCAUUAAUGCUAGCACCAGAUCCUGGGGAGCUGUCACCAUUCCUAAUGUCAGAUGUAAACCCUGAAGUGAUGUCCACACAGGCAGUACCAUCUCCAGGUUCUGAAGCAAUGUCCCCAUUGCAAAUUACAGAUGAAGACACUGAAGCAAUGUCCCAAGUGCUAAUGACUGCUCUAGCCUCUGGAGACAUAUCUUCACUGUUAAUGUCAGGCACAGACUCUGAAGUGAUAUCCUCACUGAUAAUGUCAGCCUUAGGGUCUCAAGAAACAUCAACCCAGCCAACAAGCAGCCAAGACUCUGGGGGAAUAUCCACCCCGCUCAUGUCAGGCCCAGACUCUGGAGUAAUGUCUUCACUACUAAUGUCAGUUACAGACUCUGAAACAAUGUCUACACUUCCACUGUCAGUCUCAGAUGCUGGAGAGAUGUCCACAUUACCAAAUCCAGCCUCCAAUGCUGAAGCAAUGUCCCCUCUGCUCAUGACAGCCCUAGCUGCUGGAGUGAUGCCCACCCAACUGAUGCCUGCCCUGGGCUCUGGGGAGAUGUCUCCACAAUUAGCACAAAGUCUAGAUUCUGAAAUCAUGUCUACUCCACCAAUGACAGCAACAGCCUCCAGGGUGAUGUCCACACUGACAGUGAGAGCUUCAGACUCUGGAGCAAUGUCCACACCACUAAGAGCCCCAGAUUCUGGACAUGUGUCUACACUACAAAAGAUAGUCUCAGUCUCCAGAGCAAUGUCUACUCCACUGGAGACAGUCACAAGCUCCGGAGAAAUGUCCACAGAGCAAACAUCAACCACAGCCUUUAGAAUGAUGUCCACAGAGUUAACAAUGGACAACACUCCUCAGGCAAGGUCUGCCAGCUUUAUGAAAGCCAUGGCCAAUGGAGCAACGUCUACCCAGCAAAUGAGAUCUCCAGACUCUGGAAUGAUGUCCAUGCCAUUAAGGAGGACCACAGUUUCUGGAGUUAUGUCCAUGGAGCCAAUUAUGGCUCCAGCCUCUGAAACCAUGUCCAUGCCACAACUGACAGCUCCAGCCUCUGGAUUAAUUGCUCCUCCCCCCAUGCCUAUGCUGAAAAUGAGAGUCCCUGUCUCUGGAGCAAUGUUCACAUCACAAAUGAGAACCACAACCUCAGGAUUGACAUCAACACCACAAAUGAGAGCCUCUGGUGCAGUGUCCACCCCACUAAUGACAGCCAAAGCCUCUGGGUCAAUGUCAGCACCAUUAACGAGAGACACAACCUUGGAGGUGAAGUCUAUGCUGCAAAUGAGAGCCCCAGCCUUUGGAGCCUUGUCCAAGCCACUAAUGACAUCCAAAGACUCUGGAGCAAUAUUUAGUCAGCUGAUGACAACCACAGGUUCUGGAGGGGUAUCCACCCCACUAAUGAGAGACACAACUUCUGGAGCUCUGUCCAUGCCUCAAGUAACAAACACAACCUUUGGAGGAAUGUCUACACUGCUAAUGAGUGCCACAGCCUCUGGAAAAAUGCCCCCCUCACAAAUGACAGCCACAGCCUCUGGAUCUAUGUCUACACCACUAAUUACACCCCCAGGCCCUGGAAAGAUGUCUAGUCAGCCAAUGAGCAUCCAAGACACUGGAGGGAUGUCACUCAUGAGAUCCAUGACCUCUGGAAGGAUGCAAAUGAGAGCCUCAGCCUCUGAUGCACUGUCCACACCAACAAGCAUCCAAGACACUGGAGGGAUGUCACUCAUGAGAUCCAUGACCUCUGGAAGGAUGCAAAUGAGAGCCUCAGCCUCUGAUGCACUGUCCACACCAACAGUGAGUGCCUGGGCCUCUGGGGCAAGGUCCACACCACUAAUGAGAGCUUCAGACUCUGGAGAGAUGUCUACACUGCUCACAAGAGCUUCAUCGUCUGAGGAAAUCCCCCUCCCACUAAUCACACACCCAGUUUCUGGGGAGAUAGCCGCCCCUCUGAGACCUCCAGUUUAUGGAGCAAUGUCUGCCCCACCGAUGACAACCACAGCCUCUGGAAUGAUGUCCAUUCCACAGAUAAAGUCUCCAGUCUCUGCAACAAUGUCUACACCGCUAAUGAGAUCAAUAGCCUCUGGAGGGAUGUCCGUGCCACUGACAAGAACCCCAGCUUCUAGAGUGACCUCUGUACCACAAAUGAUGCAGACUUUCUCUGGAGACAAAUGCACUCUACCAAUGCGAGCUGCAGCCUGUGGAGGGAUGUCUCCACCACUGGUAAGAGUUCCAGAUACUGAGGCUGUGUCCAUACCACUAAGGAGACCCUCAGAGAGUCUCCAUACCCCUCUGCCCGUAGAGUUAUUGAGCGAUCCAGCCCCUGGAAAGAUGUCCACAGCAAAAAUGAUAGUUAUGGCCUCUGAAGGUAUGUCCAAACCAUUAAUGAGAGCCACAGCCUCUGGAACAAUGUCCGUGCCUUCUGUGUCUACCUUGGCUUCUGAAGAGAUGUCUAUACCGCUAAUGAAAGCUUUGGCCUCUGGAGCCAUAUCCACACUGCAAACUGGAGUCACAAGUUCUCAUUCUAUGUCCUUGCCAGAGAUGACAUACACAGCUUCUGGAGGGAUAGCCACAGCACAAAUGAGAGCCUCAGCUUCUAGGACAAUGUCCUCACCAUUUAUGAGAAAUUCAGCUUCUGGAGCAAUGUCCAUUCCACUACUGAGAGCCACAGCCUCUGGAGGAAUGUCCAUACCACAGAUGACAGCCAUGGCCUCUGAAAGGAUGUCCACACCACUUGUGAGGGCUCCAGCCCUAGGAGAAAUGUCUAUACCACAAACAGCCUUUAGAAUGAUGUCCACUCUGAAAACUGAAGUCACAGACUCUGGAGAGGCAUCUACUGCUUACAUCAACACAACAGACUCUGGAUCAAGCUCUACAGCUCACAUGACUGCCACAACCCCUGAAAUAAGGAAUCUACCACCAAAGGAAGAGCCAUCAUUUGGAAUGUUGACUCCAGCACUCUGUUACCUCUUAGAAGAGCAGGAAGCAGCCCGAGGGUCAUGCUCUCUAGAAGAAGAGAUGGAAAUUGAUGAAGAGAAGCAAAUUAAGGGGUUUUUGGAUGAUUCAGAGAAAAUGGCAUUUCUGGUGUCUCUUCAUCUGGGAGAAGCAGAGAGGUGGUCCAUCUUGCAGAUGGAGGUAGGAAAUCCCCUCUCAGAUGAAAAUAAAUCUUUCCUGAGUAGAUCACAGGGCUUGUAUGAUUCCCUGUCUGAGAUAGACAUCCUCAGUGCUGUUCUCUGCCAUCCCAAGCAGGGCCAGAAGUCAGUCAGGCAGUAUGCCACUGACUUCCUACUCCUGGCUCGACAUUUGUCUUGGUCUGAUGCCAUUCUCCGGACCAGGUUUCUGGAAGGACUCUCAGAAGCUGUUACCACCAAAAUGGGUAGGAUCUUCCUGAAGGUGGCUGGGAGCCUAAAAGAACUGAUAGACAGGUCUCUCUAUACUGAGUGCCAGCUGGCUGAAGAGAAGGAUUCCCCAGGCAACUCAAGCCAGGUUCUGCCGACAGCCUGUAAGCGGAAUAAUGAGGAGGCCAUGGAGGAUGAACUGAGUGCUCAGCAGCAGACUGAAGAGCAUCAACAUGUUUCCAAACGCUGUUGCUACCUGAAAGAGCAGGGAGAUCCACAAGAGGGUCUUCAUGAACACCUUCGACAGAGCACAAGCCAUCAGAUGUCUCCCACCAACAAGUAAUGCUCCUUGGACUCUUUUCCUGUGAUAUCUGAUUCAGCU